CUUGUAGAUGGUCUAAGGGACCCUGUUAUUGUGGGUGCAUUAGUCACUCCAGCCAUUAGUGAGUUUGUACAGAUCAUAAACACUGGCUCACACUGGGUUUGCCUGAGCACAAUAGCUACUAGUCCUGGAACUGUCAACUUAAGGUGUAUGACAGCUUAUAUCAAAAUGUAAGCGCGGUUGCCAUUGAUCAUUCAUGUCGCAUGCUAUUGUAUACUGGUUCUACAGUCACUUUUUCUAAUGAAAGAGUGCAAAAGCAAACAAAUUCAAAUGUCUGUGGCUUGUUUGCACUGGCAUUUGCUACAGAUUUAUGCCAUGGCCUAGACCCCACAGCGCAGUCAUAUGACCAAGACAAAAUGCGCAAACACUACAUCAACUGCCUGGACUUGCAUGAUAUGGUUCCUUUCCCAAGAACGUCAAGACGGGUACCAUAUCAUGCAAUCACCAAAAGAAAAGCAGUGACAAUCUAA